AUGAUAAUAACCAAUGAAAAAGAAACUAAAUUUGAAAAAGAAAAUAAUUGUCAUGAAUGUGAAAAAUCUUUGAUGGAUUUACCACCAAUACUAGUGAAGAAACAGAGAAUACUAAAUGAAAUUGAAAAAAAUAUGGGAAACAUACGAAAUAAAAAAUAUGAGAGACUUACUAUACUUAAUAAUAAAAUAGAUGUAUUAUUACUUACAGAUGUAAUGGAAAAUUAUAGUGAUGUUUCGAUAAAACAUUUUAAGUUGGAUUCUGUUCAUUAUUAUAAAACUCCAGGUUUUGCGUGGAAUGCUAUGCAUAGAAAAACAG